AUGCGUCUUCUGAAACUUCAACAUGGUGGCGAACUCAGCCUAACCAAGGAUCUUGUCGAUGAUAUCCCACCUUACGCUAUCCUUUCCCGUACUUGGGGCAGUGAUGACGAAGAGGUCACCUUCAAAGAUUUGGCGGAAGAUAUGGGAAAGACGAAGGCUGGAUUUCGGAAGAUUCGGUUCUGCGGGGAGCAAGCUGCUCACGAUGACCUACAACAUUUCUGGGUGGACACUUGUUGCAUCGACAAAUCAAACAGCGCCGAGCUUUCAGAGGCUAUCAACUCUAUGUUCCGCUGGUAUAGUAACGCAACCAAGUGCUACGUAUAUUUGUCAGAUGUUCCGAAAGAUCACCAUGGCCCGAUCGAGCAAUCUAAAGCGUGGAGCUGGGAAUUUGCUUUUCGAGAAAGUAGAUGGUUCACCCGGGGCUGGACAGUGCAAGAGCUUGUCGCUCCGUCGUCGGUGGAAUUCUUCUCUUCCGGAUGCCAGCGACUCGGUGACAAGAAGUCGCUGGAGCAACAAGUCCAAGAAAUCAUGGGAAUCGCGGUUCGGGCGCUGCGAGGAGAUGCUCUGUCGGAGUUCAGCGUCGAUGAGCGAAUGUCGUGGAUAGAAAAUCGUCACACUAAACACUACGAAAACCCAAUGCGCGAGCCCUUUUCCACCGUACCAUUCAGCCGAGACCCUGACUUCGUCGAUCGGCCCGAGAUCCAGGCGUGGAUCCAAGACAAGUGCGCGAGACCAGCCGCUCGCGCAGCGCUUGUGGGUCUCGGCGGCCUAGGGAAAUCGCAGCUUGCCAUCCAAUAUUCCCACGAUAUUCGUGAUAAGUCGCCGCAGACCUGGGUGUUCUGGGUGCAUGCUAGCACUAAGGUCCGGUUCGAAGAAGCAUACAGAGCUAUUACAGAGAGGCUUGAGCUGCCGGGACGACACGUUCCGAAUGUCAACAUCUUCCAGCUAGUUUGUAACUGGCUAUGUAACGAGGCGAAUGGACGUUGGAGUAUGAUUUUGGAUAAUGUCGACGACAUCCAGGUAUUCUAUCCAAAGCGAUAUUACCAAGAUUCGUCAACGCCACUUGCGAACUAUCUACCUCAAAGCCCGAAUGGAUCUAUUCUGUUCACCUCAAGAAGCAAAGAUGCGGCAGCCAGGCUGACAGGAAGCUACAAUAAUAUCAAGGAGAUCAAGGCGAUGGACGAAAGCCAAGCCCUGCAGCUCCUUCAGAACAAGCUGCAGGAUACGUCAAACAAGGAUGACACGGCUAAUCUAUUACAUGCUCUUAACUACAUAGCCCUCGCAAUCACCCAGGCCGCCGUAUACAUUAACAAGCGAGCUCGAAUGACAGUAUCUGGCUACCUGGACGAGUUCCACAGGAAUGAUAGGAACAAAGGAAAUCUUCUUAACCUGGAUGCGGGAGACCUUCGUCGAGAUAGCAGCGCGUCAAGCUCGGUGGUAGUUACGUGGCAGAUGUCAUUUGAGCACAUUCGUGAGGAAAGGCCUUCUGCUGCUGACCUGCUCUCACUCAUGAGCUUCUUCAACCCACAAGGGAUCCCAGAGUCGAUACUUCGAAGCCAAACCAGGAGUAUGAUAAAAAUUGAUGGCGAAGUGGACGCCGAUAGCGAGUUCGACAAUGACAUCGACUUGUUACUAGCUUUCUCCCUAGUGAGCGUAGCUGUCGAUAACGAUAUGUGUGAGAUGCACGAUCUUGUACAUUUCUGUACCAGAGUCUGGCUGUCCACAUUCAGCUAUGUGGACGGAUGGAGACGGAAGUGUCUUGUGUUGAUAGCAAGGGAGUUCCCUACUGGAGAGUUUGAGAACUGGGCAAAGUGCGAAAGGCUACUACCGCACGUUGAGCCUUUGUAUGAUCAUGAACCAGCUUGCGAAGAAUCGCUAAGAGAAUGGGCUCAGGUUCUUACGAAUGCUGCAUGGUAUAUGUGGAUGAAUGGGGAUUACAAGGCAGCGCAAGGCAUAGCUGUUAAAGCAUUAAAUGCUAGGGAGAGGAUACUAGGACACAGUUGUACGUCUACGCUAGUGACCGUUGUAGUGCUAGAGCGACUACUACAGGCCCAAGGGAAAUACGACGAGGCGGAGAAGAUGAACCGACGAGCACUACAAGGGAGGGAGAAGGUGCUAGGGAAAAAACACUUUGACACGCUAAGCUCUAAUUACUCUCUGGCAUAUAUCCUUCACCAGCGGAAGCAAUAUAACGUCGCGUCUGACCAUUACCAGAGAGCAUAUGAUGGCUACAAGAUCCAGCUUGGUCCCGAUCAUCCAACUACCAUUGCAUGUUUCGACCAUUAUUCGAUGAUGCAACAAGAAAAAAAUGAAAGCCGUAGCCUUGGACAAGCCCUUGCAUAG